AUCUGGUGGACGAGGAAUAGUCCUCAAGAAAAAUCUAACUGUGGGGUGCCGACUCAACGUUGCCGGGAUGGGGACGGUCCUUUCGUUUUCGCCAACAGCAAGUAAGGGAGCUCUGUUGGACGAUAGAAAUGGAAUCAACAACAAUGAGGGGACGGUCAAACGACAAUCCAUGCUCGUCUCAGCUCUUGUAUGGACGAAAUCGGUUGCUGCAUCGAAUAAGAAAAAAUCUGUCAAAAAAGUCAGCCCAGACCCCCCUGCGUCACAAGUCAGCAACAACCAAGUGGAACAUCUUAAUCAUGAAAAUCAUAAGAAAUCACAACAGUCUGAGUCCGAACCACAAGUUAAAGCACCGCUCGCUGUUCCGGUGCCAACGGUUCCCACCCAAAACCUUCAACCCAGUCAGACGAAUGGAGUAACUCUCUUGUCAAUCAAAAAGCAACCGAGCCGUUUGUCAGUCCUUUCACCCAGACGGGUAAUCGUCCAGGCAUCGACUGGGGAGCUGUUGCGUUGUCUGGGAGAUUUUUUGUGCCGGAGAUGUUACAAACUGAAAGAGCUCAGCAGUGGGGAGGUUAUCUUAUGGUUUCGAAACGUAGACCGAACCCUGCUCAUCCAAGGCUGGCAGGACCAUGGGUUUAUCACGCCAGCUAACCUGGUCUUCGUUUACUUGCUCUGCAAGGAUAUAGUAACCGAGGACAUCGACAGCGCCUCCGAAUUACAGGGCACCUUCCUGAGCUGCCUCUACCUGGCCUACUCCUACAUGGGCAACGAGAUCUCCUACCCUCUCAAACCCUUCGUCAUCGAAGCUAACAAAGACGUUUUUUGGGAUAGAUCACUGACCAUAAUUGAUAGAAUGAGUGCCAAAAUGUUACAGUUAAACUCUGACCCGCACUUUUUCACUGAAGUCUUUCAAGACCUUAAAGAGGAAGGAGAUCGGGACAAUAGCGUGGACCGUUAAAUCGAGAAAUAAAAUAAAAACAAAAUGUUAAAAUGAAUGUAAGGGGUACCCUAAAUUAGAACCAUUGACAAUAACUUGCCUCUGUAUAAUCACAUUAUAUACUUGAUCAGCAACCUACUGUCUAAAAUCAUUCAAACCUAAAGUGUUCAAAUUGUCACGUCGUUUACGGGUAUUUGGAGCCAUCGUUCAAUUGAAUACAGCAAUAGCCUAUUACUGGUGUGUGUGUGUGUUUGUGAAAGUGUGUCUGUGAAGGUGUGUGUGUGAAGGUGGGCACAGGCUAUACAUUUAUUCAUUUACAUUUAUUCAGGCUAUAAGAAAACGAUGGAAAAACAACAUUCUGGAUGAUAGACCACACAUACAUUUGAGUAUGAUUUUUAAAUUGUCUGGAUAUAACGAUUGGAGGUCACGUGGGCCAGGAAAUAGCAGUAUUUGAAGCGUCAAAGUCAGGAGCUAUCCAAGGUGCUGACCUGCCUAGUAGCAUUUAGGCCUACUUCUGCACCGCACAGUUGCAACCUACAUGGUUUAAAGUCAAAACUUUGGACUGUAGACUUUAGGCACUAAAUGGGUGCGCACGCAGAGAUUAUCUUUCCCAAUAUGUGCCAAUAAUUUACAUUUUAGGAAUUAUUAGGCCUGAAAUAAAGUUUUACAAAUAUGUAUAACCAUAUUUGAUGUUGCUGAUAUGUUAAAGCAAUACAAAGGUAAAAUAAGGGAGUUUCAUCUUUUUAUGUGGUAACUGUAAUUGUUGUACCUUGAAUUGACUUGAAUAGUAGAUAUGCAGGUAUUUAAACUGUCAAAGAAUCAAACUUACAGUGAAGCUUUUUUUGUCUUGCACAUGUUAUAAUUGUUACGAUAUCAGUCUUUGGGUAAUUUCCAGGUUUUCCUUGUAAAACA